AUUGUGCCAUUUAGCUAACAGAAAACUGAUUUUUAAGAAUAUUUUACCUGCUACAUUGAAUACCAUCGGGUCUACAGUUAUUGCUAACUUUUUACUUCCUGCAAUAACAACUCAUUAUUAGGUACUGUUUUUUUUAUAUUAUUUUUUUCACAAUUUGUUUUUGGUCUAAACUUAAUGUCUAACUUAUGGUAAACAAAAGUGUGAAACAUAUUUAUCAGUAUUAACGAACUUCUAGCACCUUUAAUGUAACAACUAUUUUGACUGUGAACAAAUAAGCUGAAUCUUCCGUGUUCGAUAUAAGCCCCGCCCCUCUCCCCGUCUGUGUAACUGACGUCGACACUAAUGCACUGUACCUGUGCUGCAGGUGAACGACGGCAAAAUACCGGAAACACCCGCUUUUACGCCCUGAGAGCGGGGUUUUGGAUUCGGUUGACCAAAAAGCACCGACACACGAUGAAAACAUGAUGGGUGAUCACAUGAAAACUCAGCUGGUGAACGCCAUCCACCUGCAGGAGGUGGAAAUGCAGGAGAAAUCGAAGCAGAUCGCAAACCACAGCAGCGGUGACGCCGAGCUCACGUACACUGUGGAAGACGCAGUUGAAACCAUAGGCUUUGGUCGAUUUCACAUCCUCCUCUUCUGUAUCAUGGGGAGUGCAACAAUUGUAGAGGCCAUGGAGAUCAUGCUGUUGGCCGUCGUCUCUCCUGAAAUUCGCUGCGAGUGGCAUCUACAGGACUGGCAGGUCGCACUCGUCUCCACUAUGGUGUUCCUCGGUUUCAUGCUCUGUGGUGUUUUGAGCGGAUACAUUUCUGACAGAUAUGGACGCUGGAAGGUAGUGUUUGGAGGAUUUGUGUGGAGCGCCUACUUCUCCCUCCUCACCUCCUUCGCUCCAACAUAUAGUUGGUUCAUCUUCCUGCGCAGCCUGGUUGGCUGUGGGGUCGCAGCAGUGUCACAGGGGUUCGUGUUGAAGACGGAGUUCAUCCCAGCUAAGCACCGAGCUAAUCUUCUCCCUCUGGCCACUAUCUUCUGGAUGUUGGGCUCCAUGCUUAUCAUCCUCCUGGGAAUGGAAGUGGUGCCGACGCUGGGCUGGAGGUGGAUGAUCAGGAUCUCGGUGGCUCCCAGUAUUCUCCUCAUCUUUCUCUUCAAGUUUAUUCCAGAAUCUGCUCGCUACAAUGUGUCGGCAGGAAAUGUGGAUGAAGCCGUUAGAACUCUGCAGUGGAUCGCCAAAAUGAACCGCGUGUCACUUCCCGAGGGACGACUGGUGGAAAAGGCCGAGGAAUCCCGGGGCAGCUGGAAGAUCCUGCUCAGUCCAGCCCUCAGGAGAACAUCUUUGCUCCUCUGGUGCUCAUGGUUCGUGGCUUCCUUUGCCUACUACGGUUCUGUUCUGAGCAGUUCGGAGCUGCUGGAGAAAAACUUAUUAUGUGUGAUAGACCCGGACGAGGAACACUCAGUGAAGCACCGCCAUGAGGACUCACUGUGUUACUGCAUCCCAUUUGCACAAAGUGACUACCAGACUCUGAUGAUCAGCUGCCUGGGAGAGUUUGGAUUGAUCCCUUUAAACAUCUGUUUGCUGAAUGUGUGCGGUCGAAGGAGAACUCUGACGAUUCUGCAGCUCCUGGCGGCGGUUCUGUUUAUGUUGCUCAGCAUCUGCACAACGAUGUUUGGCUUCACGGUGCUGCUGUUCCUGGUCCGGGCCUCGGUUUCUAUGAACUUCAAUGCAGUUUAUAUUUACACAGCUGAGGUUUAUCCCACUGUGGCUCGAUCACUGGGGAUGGGUUUCUGCACGUCCUUCAGUCGUAUCGGAGGGAUGAUUGCGCCUUUUAUCGCUCAGGUGCUGAUGUCUGAGUCAGUGAUUCUGGCUCUGAGUCCGUUUGCUGUGGCUUGCUUCAUAUGUGGGCUAGCAAACUUUCUGCUUCCAAUAGAAACGAAAGGGCGCGCCCUGCUGGUGAGAGUUUCAAUCCUUUUUUUAAAAAAAAAAGAAAAUCUAAUCACAACUAACAGUUUAUUAAAAGUAUAAUUUUCUUUAUUUUUCAGCAAAACUCAUGACAACAUCUUCAGUUCAAACGUUUAUUUUUUUUGUUCAGGUCAGAAGUGUCUGUUAUGCUUAUGAAUGUGUUUUUAUUUAUUUAAUAAUGAGAGCAUUGAACACACCGGAAGCUAAAACUGCUGUUUAUAUUUUACCUUUUGAGAAAACUGUGUACAGAAAUUCUAAUUAAAUCAGGACCAAUGGAGAACAGUAAUCCUAAUUUUUCUAUGGCAACAAAGAGCAAGAGGUUAACCAAAAGAUGGUUAAAAACACUUAAAAUCAUCUAAAAUUAGACUGAAGAUCGUACGUUGUUUUUUCAGUUUAGCCAAGAGUGACUGUAAAUCUGCAAUGAACAAAAUGUUGAUUAAAAGACUUUUUGAAGUUCUUGAAAAGUUAGGUCGAGGUUAGCUAAUAGUCAAAAGAGAGCUCAAAAUGAGUCAAAUUUAGUUUAUAUCUAUCACUGAGAUAUAAACAGUCUAAAUACAAUUAAGGCAAGUGUUCAGUUGACCCUGAAUCAAAUUUAAAUGUCAGCCAAUUGAAAUUGAAUGACAGUUAUAAUAUUUAGUGUUUACUUAGUGUAAAAAGCAAAACAAAAAUACAGGUCAAACAUAACUAGCUACUUACGUUAGCUAACGCUAUUUUACCAAAUCACUGACAGCAGUUACUGUUUAAUCAUGAGGAUAAUAUUUUGGUUUUCUUUGUUUUAAGUUACAAUGAGAUCAUUGUAAAAAAAAUAGAAUAUUCGGAUUUUUGUUUUUGUGGUUUUAUGGUAUAGUUUUAUUUGUUUGGUAAAUGUUUACUCUCUGUGUCCUUGUUUUUCUGUUAGUGUUGUUCUGAUAAGAGUCAUCAAAUGUUUACCCUUUUUAAAUUCAUUGACUGUGAACUUUUAUUUUGUGUUUAAUUAAAUCUGGUUGAAAUGA